AUGGUCAAAGAGUGGGGUGCUCCCUCGGCCAACAAUUCAAUGGGCCUCGUAUGCCCCAAAAUGUUGGCAACUCGUCUGAGUGUGGGGACCCCAAUAGAUGCUGAUGUAAGUGGCUGUCGGGCUACUGACUACCGACUAUGGCUAAGGUUUCCUAUAGUGAAGCCAGAUCCAAAUCACCUCAGACUCCGUCUCGCAAGAGAAGGUCUCGACGCAAUUCAAAAUAUCACAACCCCUAUAGCUGUUGUUGCAGUGAUCGGCCCAUACCGCUCUGGCAAAUCCUUCCUUCUCAACCAGCUCCUCUCCCUCUCUUGCGAUGAAGGCUUUGAAGUUGGGCACAUGCGUGAUGCUAAAACCAAAGGUUUGUGGGUUUGGGGUACACCAGUAGAGUUGGUCAUUAAUGGAUCAAAAGUAUCUGUCCUGUAUAUUGAUACUGAAGGAUUUGAAAAUGUAGGGAAUUCAAAUGUAUACGAUGACAGGGUCUUUGCUCUGGCGACACUAAUCAGUUCUGUGCUUAUUUAUAAUAUACCUGAGACGGUUCGUGAGGCAGAUAUAUCUCGACUAUCAUUUGCUGUUGAAAUUGCAGACGAAUUCUAUGCAAGGUCCGUUUUCAAAGAAUUGUGUUAUUGCCAGAACCUUUAA